ACUAGACUCUUUCCACUGCAUUGACACCUCAAAGAUGGAAAACAGCAGUUUUGAGCUUAAAAAUGUGACUGCAAACUCAACUGACAAGAGCACUGUGGAGGAUGAGGGAUUUGAGAUUUUUCUUGCCUGCAUUUUCUUUUCCACUGUCAUAGUGGGUCUCAUUGGAAAUGGGCUGGUCAUAUUUCUGGCCGGCUGCAGAAUGAAGACGACUGUCAACUCCAUUUGGUUUCUGAAUUUGGCGAUUGCAGACUUCAUCUUUAUUUUAGUUUCAAUUACAAAUGUUUCCUUAAUCUUGAGCAAUCAGCACAGUGUCUUUACAGAGUACCUUUUCAUCAUCACAACAUCUCUAAAUCUGUUUGUUAGCGUUUGGUCUCUUGUAGUUAUCAGUCUGGAUCGAUGCCUGCGCACAUGGAUUCCUGUUUGGGCUCAAAAUAACAGAACUCUGCGUAAAGCCAGAAUCAUCUGCAUCAUCAUCUGGGUUUCAUCCAUCGGCUUCAUUUUCCCUUACUUACAAGUUUUUAAGAUUACAGGUACAAUUAUUGUCACAUAUGAAUUUAUAGUGGUCUUUCUCAUCCCCUUCCUGAUCAUUGCAUCUUCAUACAUCGCUAUUGGAGUAAAAAUCAAACGCCUCAAAAAGAGGAAGCAUUUCAGGUCAUACAGACUCAUUUUAACUGUAAUCCUGACUUUCUUCAUCUGUUCAUUUCCACACCAUGUUUGCUGGAUUUGGAGAGUAAUGGCAGAAACUAAUAAUUGGACUCUCACUGAUCAAUUUUGGAAGCUAUUUUUUUUUACUUUCUACCUGAUUAAUCUCAACAGCAGUCUGAACCCAUUUCUCUACGUGUUCAUGUGUGAUGAUUAUAAGAAGAAGCUGAAACAGUCUCUGGUGCUGGUGCUGGAGACGGCGUUUGCUGAAGAUCAUCUGGACAUUAGAGUAUAGUGAAAUACACACAAAAUGAUUAACAGGCUAAACAAACCACACUUGAAUUUCUAGAAAUGUAGAAAACUUUUUUGGAGGAAAAAAAAGUUUUGCAAUCAUUGUUAAUACUGUAAUUAUCACAGUUAAACAGUAACUGUCAUCAGUAUUCAGCAUAAUUUUCUGUCUAAGACAUAUCUUGUAAAUUAUAGCUUUAUAAAUCCAGGUUUUGUGCUUGGUUUAGUUAUGUGUCCUUGUUUUCAGUGUCUGUAUAUUCACUUAGGGCUGAUUUAUUGGUUUAGUUUGGUGUGUGUAUUUAAGUCUCAGUCUGUCUUCAUUGAUGUUUGUGUUGUUGACCUCUUCAUCUAUUUUUAUUGAUUAAAAGCAUUGUUGUGUACAUAA